CAAAACUUCAACUAGUCAACUUCGCAGAAAGUUUCUGAUUUCAGGAAAAAAAAAGAAUGAAAUGGCUUUUCGGAGGAGGAAUAAGAGCUAUCCAUUCUUCAGUCAGGAGUUUCUUAUCCAAAAUCAUGCAGACAUUGUCUUCUGUCUGGUGGUCUUCAUUCUGAUCGGUUUGAUGUUCGAGGUGACGGCAAAGACAGCCUUCCUGUUCAUUCUCCCACAGUACAACACCAGCACUCUGACACCAGAUGGAGAGGUAUCGCUCUAUCAGUGUGGGUGGAGGGAUUGUGUCACCGUGCUCUUCUACUUUUUCAUUGCCAUCAUCCUUCAUGCUGUGGUUCAGGAGUAUGUGCUUGAUGUGAGUAUUUGUGCCUUGCUGUGAGAAACAGCCAAGGGUUUAGGUAAAGCAGUGAUAAAGUCAUAGUGGACAAAGGUACAGUUCGUAAGGCUUUAAAAACAAUAGCACAGGCAGUGUCCCAUGAAGUGUAGGGUGGGUUAUACAAUAGGAGCUUGCUUGUUCAAAUCCCAGUUGUGCCAAGUUACUGAUCUUUGGCUGGGAUCUCAUAGAACUGCAUUCUAAAUAAAUAAAUGUGUAGUAAUAGUAAUAAUAAUAAUUAUAAUAAUUGUUAUAAUAAUAACAAUAAUAAUAACAACAAACAUGCAUCUAUCACACACUGUUGCAAUGUUAACGGCAGCAAUUAACUCAAAUAGCAGUGUGGUUGAUUUGAUUGUUGGUGGUGUAAAGUGCCCCCGUCUCUACUUGAAUAAGCAGAUUUUAUUAUAAUGAUCUCCAAGAGCAAGGCAUGUGGCUAAAAGUGUUGAACUCAAUUUGUAAUAGAUACUUUAUUGUUCUAAGAUUGUGUGUGUCUGUACUUUUUGAAGAUUUAUUUUUAUUAUAUGCGCGUAAUAUUUGUCAGUGUGCACCUGGAUAUAGUACCUUUUGAAAAAAAGUAAUCUGAGCCCUGCGCACUAGGAGGAUUUGACCAUACCAACUACAAAACAUUCUAGGAGACGAUACUACAAAGAAUGUCCAAAGGACAUAGGAAGUCAUGUGUCAAGCGUUAACGACAGCAUUGAAGCUAUAGCGCCGUAAAAUUAUAAGUGAUACAUAUGGGGCAACUAAAAUUGUCCCAUAUGUGUCAUGACAGUUUUGGCAAGUUAAGGCUGUGCUAGCACUUCCAAAAUGCGCUCCACCAUGCAAUGCACACCACCGCUCAUUAGCCAUGAACUUUACCCUUUACACUCCAUUUAUUCAGCGCUUGUCAGGCGCGUUGGUUCCAGUUUAUUUUCACACGCGUUUAUUUUACAUGUAGUGU